AUGAGUGGCUUUGCCAAAUUCGCCCUCUCCGUUCAGAAAGUACGGGCUGCGAUCCACAACAGGAGAAAGGUGGGUGCCAAGGACCAUCGUGGAUCAACUUUAAGAAAGGAUCCUACAGAUCCUCCACUACCCUCGCCAUGGGACCUCCCCGUCGAGAUUCAAAUCCGCAUAUUCGCAUACUCCGGCAUCACAGACUUCCAUCCGCUGAGACUCGUAUGCAAGGCUUUUUGCCAACUGCUCACCAGCAACGAGCAUGAGAUUGUCCGGCAGUAUCUCCGAUUGCGUCGCCACGGUACCCUUCCAUCCCCGAUCGACAAUGAUCGAAUCUAUACUCGAAACCCCGGUGACGAUGUCGUGCUGUUAUCGGAUCUAUUCCCACCAUCCAAAAGCGCCAGGGGCGGCCAUCUUUAUACCUUCAAAUACUUGCAUGGGCUGCGGCGACGGCAAAUGCUCUGCUCAAGGCUCUGCUACUACCUGGCAGACCGGAUCCUCGAUCGAUUCAUCCAGACUGAACCGGCCGUCAUGAAGGCCUCAUUUCCUGCAAAGCGAAACGAGCGCAACGCCCUUGUAAAACGCGGCAUAGCUAGCAUAUGGUUCCACCUUGCACCACUCAUGUACUAUACACUCUAUUUUUUCGAAUCAUAUGCAUCCGCCCGGCGCGAGCACACGAACAUGCUCGUACAAAAAUACGAGGCAGGCCAGCUCCCUGUACCAUUACCGCUCGAGGUACGCCAGAGGAUGUACCGCGAGCUACAAACCCGGAUCCUCCAAAGCCCUCCCUUCACCAAUACGGCGGCGUUGGUUGCAACACACCAUUGCAUGCAUCUGCUUGUUUCAUAUAUACGCUACGCUAUGUCUUUGGACGGACAUGACAUUGAUGACUCGUGGAUUAGCUCGUUGCUCACAUUGGCGCCGUUUGUGCGGAUCGUUGAGUUUUUCUCCGCUGAGAUCGGGGACGGUGGGAGCCAGCGAGCGCAACGCAAAGAGUUUAUGUACAACUUCUAUCAGGACACGACGAUGUAUGAAAAGGAUCCUAUGGACUCGGUUGUUUUUGCGCGCGUGUCUGCGCAGAACCUGCAUAGUUCAGUGCAAGAUAUCUGGUUUGCAGCCGCUGAGGCUGAGUUGAAAGCCCGGAAAGCGAUACCCCAUAACGUAGAGCACGUCUGGAUCUGGAAUGGUAUUCCAAUUGUUUUUGGGUGUCCGGAUUGUCAUCCCACGAGAGGAUGGCAGGCAUGA